GGCGGCCUGGGCCCGUGUGGCGGCCUGGGCGGCCCGCGGGGCGCCGGGCGCGGCCUGUGGGGCAGGGGCUGCGCCGGGGCCGGGGGCCUCCGCGCGGCCGGCGGGGUGUGGGGACGGGUCGCCUCGGGGCCCUGCGGCCGCCACACGGGCCCGGGCGAGCGCGACGCGCCUGGCGAGGGGCCCAGGCGCGGAGGGGCAGAGCGGCGCCCGGCUCGUCCCGCGUGUUUCCCGGGCGGGCAGCCCGGCCUGGGCCGCGUGGGGCCUGGCGUGGGGCGGGGUGGCCGGUCCUUGUCCCGGCCCGGCGCCCCGGGGCGGCCGAGCUGCGAGCAGGAGUUGGCGCCAAAGGUGCCCUGAGGAGACGCAGCUCCGGCGGGGGGAGCGCGGCCCCCCGGGGUCCCUCACCCGAGUCUGUAACCCGUGCUUUCGGCUCUCAAUAAAGCGUACGAUGGGAACGUGAACGUGGGAUGAGAUGUGUUAGUUCGGACUGUUCUGUUCUUUCCCGGUAGUGGAAGUAGUUUCUGUUGGUGACACGCUGUCUGAUGGCGCGUCGCUGAAAUCCCCUGUAGGAAGAAGUCAGCUGUGCUUAGUUUUUAACUUAAAGCAGUUGCGUGUUGCCCUUUAUCCUGCUUUCUGAGGUAGCUUUUAUUUAAUGGGAAAUGCUGCAUAUUAGACUGGAACGUGCUGAAAGUUGUGAAUGCACACCUUUGAGUACUUUGGCUUCAUGUUUUUUAAAUUGUUCAUGACUUCUGAAGCGUUAGGAAGAUUGAGCAGUUUGGUUGAGGUGUGUGUGCACGUAGAAAUAACUGCGUGCACGUGAAUCUGCCGUGUAAAUAAGGUUGAGUGUACAUGGCAGGUCAGCAUACACUAGAUAUGCACUCUUGCUCAUAACCCACUUCCUUUGCUGAAAACAGUUUGUUUUCUAGGGGUUUUCUUUAAGCCUAUGUGCCAGAUAGAGACUGUUGAAGAAGAUUCUUCAUAAUAAAACAGAUGCCUUAAUUAAGAGUGAUUUUUUGUUUGAGGAUAUUUUCAAGCAAUUUGAGACACACUCUUAAAGCUGUAGUACAGUUCAAAGGCUACAUGACAAGCCCUUAGAUUCUUCAGGUCAAUCAUAGCUGCUGUAAUGUGACCUUUUUUGUAUCUAGGGCCAAGCUUAUCUCUGAAAGCUUUGUAGCUUGUUGGCAUUGUCAAUCCAAAUCUUGGUUGGUGCCAAUGGUUCACCCUUGUUGCAUAAUAAUAUUUUUCAGAUGUUGCAUUAUGUUGGAGAUAAUGGCCAAAUUUGUGCUCUCCUUUUAAGGACAAGCCUUUUCUACCAUCUGCAUAUUUAUUGGAGCUGCAUUGGUGGUUGCUGAUAAUUUAAAUUAAUGAAUGAACCUAAUUGGAAGACAGACCCGCAUUAAUACAGCCUUGAAUAUCUUAAACGCUAAGCUAUUCAACAACAUUCUUGGUAUUCUGAUCUCUUUUCUCAGAUCAGGUGUUUUUCAUCUCAUACAUACAUGAAAGUCAUGUUGCUGUUUAAACAAACUAAAGAGAAUUUAGUUAAAAACAACAAAAUCAUAGAGGAAAGUUGAAAGUGCUGGAAUUAAAGCCAGUUGCAAUUGAUAUAUUAGUGUAGUUGUCAUUGUCAUCAUAGAAGUGUGAAUGCUCUAAGCCUAUGAUAUUUCUAUUAAGGUUUGAACUAUGACAUGUGAAAUCAUUGUAAAAAUACAUUUGGAAGGGUAUGAUUCCCUUAGGAAACAAUACAGGAACUUUCUGAUUUUAUCCUAUGUAAAUCGCUAUAAUCAGUAUUAAAUUAUAUAUAAGGUAAAGUCAUACACUCUUUAAAAGAUGCUAGCACAUGGAAAUACACCUAGACUUAAUGCAGACGUUCUGGUUCCUUUAAAAGUUACAAAAUUGUAAUUGAAAUAAACUUUGAAGCGGUUCAAGUGUUGCACUGUUAUAGUGGGAUGUAAAAAAAAAAAUCAAGUUGAUCCUAUUAUUUCAAUUCUAAUAAUUAUCAAAACUAAGUGCGUGGUUAAAGAUUUAAAUAGUUAUUGCUAACUAUGCUCAAAAAUAUUUUUUACCAUGGUAUGGAUAGGCAUAUAAAGUUAGUUAGAAAUUGCUAUAUUAAAAUUCUAGCAAUGCUGUGCAAGAUUGAAAUGUUGAUAGCAUUUCUGAAGGUCAGGUCUGAGGAAGCAGGUGGAUUUUUGUUUUUAAAAUAGUGGAAAGAAAAUGACAUUCUAAAAAGGACAUUCUUCUUCCAGAUGUAAUGUGUGUGAGAGGUGAUGGGUCUCAAGGUGUCUUCCAAGAAAGAUUCCGCUGCUUGUCACUUUAGUAGGGAAACGUCUUUAAUUAGAGGUUUUUUUGAACUUUGUCUUGGGGUUUUUAGGAAUGAUUGCAGAUCCUUAUCGUAGAGACUGUGUACAUUGAUUCACUUUAUGUUGCAGUAAAUUGCAGUGCUGCAGUCUAUGCUCUUGCAGCCCAAGUAUGUCUCUGUUAGGGACAUGCCUUGGUAGAGGUGCGCUGGUGGCUGCCAGAUCUCUGUUAGCAGGUAUUUUGCAACAGCAGGUUUGUGCCUGUUGAUUUUGACCAGCUGAUGUUCCCACUGCAGUGGCCAGGACACCAGACUGAAAGGUGCUGCAAUAUCUUAAACCAAACUCUUUAUCUUCCUUUGGAUUGCAGACUCUGCUGCUCUGUUGCCUGUAGGCUGUGGUGUGGAACCUCAGGCUGCCCAAACUGCAUGUUUUUCAGCUUCUCGCCCUCCCCACAGAGCCCAUUUCUUACACAGUUCUGCCAAAACUCUGGUCAGGUGUUGUUAUAUACCCCUCUGGUAACAGCAUGGUGUUCAGAGUUUCACAGACUGUAUAAAAAGUCUAAGAUGAAUACAAAACAGCUGUAUGAUUUCUUUUUGAACGGAAGUAAAAUAGCAAUAAUAAUUUGAUCUAUAUUUUAAGUACCAGUUAAUUGUUUCAUCUGGCUAAUGACAUUGUACAGAAAGCAUUGCAGUAAUGAAAUGUGGACGUUCAGGAGGUGGUUAAUGCAAAGAAGUCCAAACCCAGCAGCAACUCUUCCCUAUUUACUCAAUUGUAGACAAACCCUCUGUUCUCACAGUUGUGUAGGAGCUGUUAGAAGUCUGAAAACACACUCAGAUUGCCACAACUGUAAUAUAGAGCCAGUGAUGUUUUUAUUGCCUGAAAGAAUCCUUGUACAAAGCGUUACCCAGCUGUCAUGCUCACCAAGCUGGGUGGAAGGGACACAAUUACUGAAGAGUCCCCACUAACACGGUCCAGUGGGGUUGAUUUGUAGCAACUGUAGUGAAGUAGCAGCGGUGCUUAACUGAGAGUGCUGCUUUGAAGUGGAAAUCUCAUUUCAAUUUUAAAUGUGCUUUAUUGUACUAUAUAUAGAACUUUGCUCUUGAUAGUAUCUCUGUGGUAUUGUAGUAUUACUAACUGAUCUCAGGAGAACAGCUGAAGAAUUUUUCUGAAGAGUUUCUCAGUGUGUCCCAGUACUGGCAGUGCAAGAGCAUGGUGGGCAGCGUGGGGCGUGUUGUUACAUGAGGGUUUCCUGAUCUUGCAACACUGGUCCUUGGAAUGCUUUGUCAAGUAGAAAUCAGCUUUGGGCUGACUACUUCAGAGAGAUUUUGUGAAUGCUAGUAUUUGUUGGUUAAAAGUGACUAAAUGUGCAUGGGUUUUGUUGGAAAGGCAUCUUCAGUUGCUCUUGUUAGUGCUUAGUGACGUAUUACGUGAUUUUUUUAGUUCAUCAGCGUAGUUUUGCUGCGUUUUUGACUUUCUUCCACUAGAUGGCCCAAGCAUGCUUUCAAGUACCCCAUGAGAGCUGAAACUUUUACCUCAUUUCUAAAAUAAAUUUGUGUUGUUUUAUAAUAACUGAAGUUAAAAUUCUGCAUCAUGAAACAUACGUCAACUUCUGUGAUGCUUUGUGCUUGUUUAAAAUACAAACACUUUGUAUCAACCAGGAGAGGAUUGGUUAUUGGAAGUAAUAUAUAGUAAUGAAGGUUAUGUCAUGUAUGAUCUUCCAUGUCCCUCUUUUUCCUUGAUUAGAACAUUUGUUAUUGAGUGUAGUACAAUGCUGGUUAGUUUUGCAUUGGGAUGAGAACUGCUGUAGUGUCACUCUGACAGUGUGUUCAGCAGCAGUGCUUCAGAGACACUCUGAAAAGUUGUCAAUGUCAGGCUGAAGUUUGUCCCCAACAUCUCCUGGGAGUGAGACUUGUAUUUUGCAAGACAUAAAGUAUAAGCUUGUUAUCAAGGCUGCCUUUUGGUUAGUGGAAAAAGACACGUAUACACAGAAGGCAGCUCUCCCCCUGAGGAUGGUCAGAUGCUGGAAUGGGGCUGAAGAACUGGUGGGGUGUUCAUCCACAGAGACAUUCAGACCUCGACAGGAUGGAGCCCUGCGCAGCCAGAGCCUGUUGGGCCAGCUUGGACUGGGAGUAUUUGUCCUGUCCUGCCACCUUCCUGCUUCUCUUCCCUUUUCUGGCUGGCGACAAAUCAACAUGUCCAUGUGUACUAGAAGGAUGGACAUAAAUGGAGCAUUACCUUGGUGAAGGGGAUAUUGCUGCCUGCAGUCAGUUCUGUAGACAAAGAGAUGUCACUAGUAGACUUGGGAAAGAAACUUUUAGAAGCUGCACGAGCAGGUCAAGAUGACGAAGUUCGGAUUUUGAUGGCAAAUGGAGCACCUUUUACCACAGACUGGUUGGGAACAUCUCCACUUCAUCUAGCAGCACAGUAUGGCCACUACUCAACAACGGAAGUGUUGCUGCGAGCGGGUGUAAGUCGGGAUGCCAGAACCAAAGUGGACAGAACUCCAUUACAUAUGGCAGCAUCAGAAGGCCAUGCCAGCAUAGUAGAAGUCUUACUUAAGCACGGUGCUGAUGUAAAUGCAAAGGACAUGCUGAAAAUGACUGCACUUCACUGGGCUACUGAACAUAACCACCAAGAAGUUGUAGAACUUUUAAUAAAGUACGGAGCAGAUGUUCACGCGCAGAGUAAAUUUUGCAAAACGGCAUUAGAUAUUGCAGUAGACAAUGGAAAUGAAGACCUUGCAGAAAUAUUACAGAUUGCAAUGCAGAACCAAAUCAAUACAAAUCCAGAGAGUCCGGACACUGUGACAAUACAUGCAGCAACACCACAGUUCAUCAUUGGACCUGGAGGGGUGGUGAACCUAACAGGUCUGGUAUCUUCUGCAAAUACAUCAAAUGGAACAGAUGAAACAGGAGUGUCUGCUGUACAGUUUGGAAAUUCAUCGACAUCAGUAUUAGCCACGUUGGCAGCUCUAGCAGAAGCAUCAGCUCCUCUGUCUAAUUCUUCAGAAACACCAGUUGUGGCCACAGAGGAGGUUGUGACUGCAGAAUCUGUGGAUGGUGCUAUUCAACAAGUUGUCAGUUCUGGAGGUCAGCAAGUUAUUACUAUAGUUACGGACGGCAUUCAGCUUGGUAAUCUGCAUUCGAUCCCAACCAGUGGAAUAGGGCAACCCAUCAUUGUGACCAUGCCGGAUGGACAGCAGGUAUUAACAGUUCCAGCAACAGACAUUGCUGAAGAAACUGUGAUAAGCGAAGAACCUCCAGUGAAGAGACAGUGCAUUGAGAUUGUUGAAAAUCGUGUGGAGUCUGCGGAAAUAGAAGAAAGAGAAACUCUUCAGAAACAGCUGGAUGAGGCAAACAGAGAAGCACAAAAAUAUCGUCAGCAGCUUCUAAAGAAAGAACAAGAAGCAGAGGCCUAUCGGCAGAAGUUAGAGGCAAUGAACCGCCUCCAGACUAAUAAAGAAGCCGUUUAAUAAAAAAUGAACAUACUGCAAAGCCUGUUACUUUCCAAAACCUGCAGUACAAUCUUGAACUGUACCCUGUAUAGGUGCAGACGCAGGAUUACGUGAUAGAGAAGAUGCUACAAGUUGAUAACUGGACUUAAGCCGUGAGCUCUGAUUAAUUUCUUGUAACAUAAAAACUCUGAAUUUAGAAAUUGUGAAAAGUAUUUAAAAUGAAAUACUGUAAAUAGUUGUUUUUUUUACAGUUUCAAAAUGAGUUGAUAAAUCUUUUUGAAGGGAUCCAGAAACACGCAAAGCCAAUGUUUUUGUGAAAUUUUUGAUUUUAGUAUGAAUCUAACUCCUGAAAAACAGAACAGUUUUAAGGGUGAUGUUGUUGAUUUCAGCUGACAACUUGAAAAUGAAUUAUGUGACAAAAUUAAUUAACAGUUAUUUCUACAUGGUAACAACUUCUCUGAAUAAGACAUUUCCAGGUGGAAAUCUUUGUACAGCUUUAAGUAGUUGUCUCAGAUUCUCUGAAAACCAUUUUUGGUUGUUUUUUUUAUUUAGGCGGUGAAAUUUUUAUAUUUAAUUUCAGAUAUAUCCAAGUAGAUUUACAUGUAUAUGAAGCUAAUAUUUUUUAAACUUUUCAGUUUGUACAUAUGCUGCAUGUUUUUAUAAUUUCUACACAUACAUCUUGCAUAGGUAUUUUUCAGCAAAGAUGAGGAAGAUGUUUAGCCUAUAGGUCAUUCGAAGCAAGAUAGCAGCCAGUUUUAUUGUGGAUGGUAUAUUUCUUGGAAGAAUGUAAUUUGUAACUAAAAAGAACAACAAAAACAUCUCGAUUUACAUAUUAGAGGCAAUUCAAAAUUCGGUAGUGGAGGCAUUGAAACUUCACUUCGUGUGUCUUACAAUUUUUCAGUACAAACAAGUCCAGUAAUUAAAAGAAUGUCUCCACUGGAACACAAAUAGUAGUUCUUUUAGAAUAUUCCUAUUAAUCUCUUUUCCCCCAUAGCCUUGAAAUUCUUUCAGUGAUACAUUUUUUUCUAAAUGGACUUUUGCAUUUUAAUUAUGCAAUUGGACAAGUAAUUUUUUUUAUGUUGUAGUGAUGCUCUUCUUACCUCGCAUCAUUGUCCUUCACUGUGAUACUGUGUUUGUGUGUGUCUGUGCAGUGAUCUAUUAUGCUUAGGAUUUAUAUAGCACGCCACAUCUUCAGAGCAUUGUAAAACCUUUUAAAGAACCCUUACUGUACUGCCUGAGGCAGGUGAGUGUUAUUGUCUCAGUUUUGUAACUGGUAUAAGCGCAACACAGGGAGUGUGAAAUGACUGGCCCAAGACCACGAGAAUCAGUGGUGGACCUGGGAAUGGAUCUCAGGAGUUCCUGGCUUUAGUCCUGUGCUUAGACUGAGCUGCCUUAAGAUUGUUCAGUGCUGUGUUACAUUAAAUUUUGAACUACUGUGCAGAUUCCUUUUUCGCAAGAUAAAACUCUUUGUGCUUUGCUUUGUUGUUCCAUGUUUCACGGCUUUUAUGGAAUUGUUUAUAUAAACUUAAGCAAAAAGUCUAGUUUACCUAUACUGUACACAGAAGAAUUACCCUUAAAACUGUACUCUGGCCUACUUUUUCUAUUUUACAAUUAAAUAUCUUUUCCACAUA